GCUCUAUAUAAGCCUGAGAAGAAUAGUGAAUAGAUAGAAGAUCUGCCCUGUGGAUUACAGCCUGGCACCUCUUCACUUGGCAGUUGUCACUGGCAUUUCACCAGACUGGGCAGCAGGAGGCACAACAAGGGCUGUUUUUAUUUUUUAUUGGAAAUAAACCUUGUAAUUUGUUGGCUGUAACUUGCCCUUGCUUGGAUAUACGGCAGGAGGACCGCACUGCUCCAGGAGAUAUGUGAAGAUCAAGGUGUUGAUUAUCUGUUGCCACGAAUUAAGUUCUGAUGACACUACAGUAGGAUGGCAGAGAACAGCACUUAUUGGGAGGAGAGAGGUUACAUUCCUCAUUAUGAGAGAGACUCUGACCCAUUCGCCUCCAAACUCUCCAAAGAAGCUGAUAUUUUUGCCGGGGUUUAUUUAAUGGCCAUAGGUAUCCUCUCCACGCUGGGGAAUGGCUACGUUAUAUUCAUGGCCUUCAGGAGGAAAAAGAAGAUGCGCCCAGCCGAGCUGAUGACAAUCAAUUUAGCUGUGUGUGAUCUGGGGAUCUCAGUAACAGGAAAACCGUUUGCCAUCGUGUCCUGUUUUAGUCACCGCUGGGUGUUUGGCUGGAACGCCUGCCGCUGGUAUGGAUGGGCGGGAUUUUUCUUUGGCUGUGGAAGUCUCAUUACAUUGACUGUGGUCAGCCUGGACAGGUACCUGAAGAUUUGCCAUCUACGAUAUGGCACAUGGCUGAAACGAUACCACGCUUUUAUUGCCUUGGCAAUUAUCUGGGCCUAUGCAUCCCUGUGGGCUACGUUGCCAUUGGUCGGAGUGGGAAACUAUGCUCCAGAGCCCUUUGGCACCACAUGCACUUUGGACUGGUGGUUGGCACAGGCAUCUGUUAAAGGGCAGAUAUUUGUAAUGUCCAUGCUGAUCUUCUGCCUCCUUCUUCCCACUGCGGUGAUUGUCUUCUCCUACGUGAAGAUCAUCGCCAAAGUCAAGUCUUCUGCCAAAGAAGUUGCUCACUUUGACACCAGGAACCAAAACAACCACACACUGGAAAUAAAACUGACAAAGGUGGCAAUGUUGAUCUGUGCUGGUUUCCUCAUUGCAUGGAUUCCGUAUGCGGUGGUGUCUGUAUGGUCGGCAUUCGGACAGCCGGACUCUAUUCCAAUUGAAUUUUCCGUGGUACCCACCAUGAUGGCCAAAUCGGCGUCUAUGUAUAAUCCCAUAAUUUAUCAAGUCAUUGACUGUAAAUCUCCAUGUUGUCGAAAGGACAAGUCAUUGCAGAAGACUAGGGUCUAUGCAAUAAGCACCUGCAGGAAGUCAACAACCGCAGCUCAAUGAGAAGCCAUGGAAGGCCGGGUGAAGCACAAUUAUUGUACAUGAAGAAUCCUGACGGAUCGCUCAGCAACAAGAGAAAAUGUGUAUUUUAAAUAAAUGUUUAUUUUCCUAUGUUUGUAAAAAGGAAGUGUUAUAAUAAAAUGUUACAUGCUU